AUGGUUUGUGAUGAAAAACGCAUAAAUUUAAUAUAUUACACAGCUGGCUUUAGUAGCAGUGAUGCAGUUGAGAGUAGCACAGGGUUCUCCUGGAUGCCUGCUUUUCCCUCCAUAGUUGGGGUGAAUCCUGCCUCCGAGUUCCCUCAUCUGAUUAUAAAUAGUUUAUAUAGGUUUAGGAAGACUUUUUGGAUUCUAGUAGAAUGUUAA